AGAGGCCGCGUUUGGAAGAGGCGGAGAUUGAGAGCGGGGCGAGUUUCGCUGCCCGCUUCCGUUACGGGCAGAAGGUCUGGUAGUUAUGGAAGAGUCUUCUCCUAUUUCUUGCUUUCAUGUGUUAGUUGUGGAUGACUGCCAGAUUGACCGUAAAAUCGUUGAGAAGCUGCUUCUCAAAAAUGGCAUGUUUAAAGUUACUACUGUUGAUAGUGGAAAGAGGGCUAUGGAGGUUCUUGGUUUGAAUGAAGAGAAGCCUGAAUCUCCAAAUGUUAAUGAGUUCAAAAUCGAUAUAAUCCUUACUGACUAUUGUAUGCCUGGGAUGAAUGGCUAUGACCUUCUCAAAGUUGUGAAGGAACACGACUGCCUAAAAUUUGUUCCCGUCGUCAUAAUGUCAUCGGAAAACAACCCACAGAGAAUCACUAGGUGCCGUGCCACUGGAGCUGAGGAUUUUAUACUGAAGCCGCUUCGCAUAAGCGACAUACAGAGGCUGAGGAGCUAUGUCGGGUCACUAGCUCCGGCAUCCAAAAUGGGCACGAAGAGAAAAGUGCCACUUGAUAUAAUACCAGAGAGUAAUGGAUCCGAGAGGCGGCCCCGCCUUGCCGGGGUGGCAGUCGCAUGAUUGGAUUCUAAUCUACCUUUUUGGAUUCUAAUCUUGUAUUAUGCUGGAUUUGGGUGGGGUUUUGUAAAUGGGAGAAGUGGGACAGGGUCUUGUGGUGGUCCUUCCUUUUUCUUUUUCCCUUCUUGUGGGGUUUGUUGUUAGUCUUGCUUCUUUUAUCAUGGAAUGUUGUAUAAUUGUAUUGGGCCUCUGAAAUAAUUGUGGAUUUGUGGAGGAGAAGAUAGAGAGAAGAUGACCAUGAUGACAAUGAAAUUUUUGAUUGAUGGUCA